AUGAAGGUUAGUGGUAUUUUAGCACUAUUAGCAAUUUUCAGUUCCUGCUUUUGCUUCGACGCGGUGCCCUUGGUUGUCGCAUCACACAAGUUGGUCAAGGGGCUCAAAGAUGAACUUUCAGGUAACAAUCUCAAACCAUACAAGGUUGAUGAGGCCACGAAUAUGAUAAAAAAGUUGGUCACUCAGUGUAGUUCUGACGAGUAUUUGAUCAUAAAUCAGCCUGGGCUCCGUCUCAACGAUAUCACUGAUAUUGAGAAAGAACACUGGCCUCAUUUCUACAAGUAUUUGACGUUAUCGAGUACGGUGGUUGGACUUCCAUGGGUCGAAGAACCAAUUGAUUUGGAUUAUUUGGAAAAGUAUAUUUUGAAAACGUGUAAAGCAGAGACGAUUAGUGUGGACCAUGAGGAUGAGCGUGAAGUAAACUACAUCGAUUCGAAGACUCGAGUGAUCAGAAUUGAGUUGAGUGAACUUCCGGAAAACUUGGAUGAGAGAAGAGACGAAAUGAGAAAACAUGAUUUAUUGAUAAGACAGAUCCUCCGCAAGCUUCCUUCUCCUCACUACACCAUAAUUUUCACAGCAACCACCACACAAGACUAUCAUCCAUUACCUCGAGCUGCCAUUGAACACAGCCCUAAAAGGUUCAAUGUAUUUGACUCGAUCACCAACGAUCCACUGAGAAAGGACGAAGUGGAACGAAACGAUCGGUUCCAUCGACCACCAAUGAAUAGCCAUCGAGGAGUCAAUGCUAUGCAUAAAUACGUUGAAAACAGAAAGAAAAACGAGGUACAUUUAUUCAGUCGCAAAACAUGGGAGAACAACGAAAAGUUGAUAGCCACGGUUGUGGUUACAGCCACCGCCAUUUUCAUGCAGAAUGUGUAUAUGACGGUGAUGAACAGGGUUCGGGAGAAAAAGAUAAAGAACGCAUAA